AUGAAAAAGCAAAGCAACAAGGACUUGAGAAUACUACUACUAGGAUUGGAUAAUGCAGGAAAAACAACAAUACUAAAAAAAUUGGCUUCUGAAGACAUUAACCAUAUCACACCAACACAGGGAUUCAAUAUCAAAACAGUACAGUCAUCUGGAUUUCGUUUAAAUGUUUGGGAUAUUGGAGGCCAAAGAAAAAUUCGGCCAUACUGGCGUAAUUAUUUCGAAAAUACCGAUGUUCUGAUCUAUGUUAUCGAUAGCGCCGACCGCAAAAGAUUCGAUGAAACUGGCGAGCAACUUGGCGACCUAUUGGAUGAAGAUAAAUUAGCUGGUAUACCUGUCUUGGUAUUUGCUAAUAAACAAGAUUUGUUAAGUGCUGCAUCUGCAUCUGAAAUUGCUGAAAAUCUUAAUCUUCAUAAAAUUCGUGAUCGUAAAUGGCAAAUACAAGCUUGCUCAGCGACAACAGGAGAGGGCAUCUCGGUAUGUAAUAAAAUUAAUCCUGUCAAUCGAAUCUUGUUAAUGUCUAUCGAUUGGCGUUUUACUUCUUGCUGCGUGUAUGGUGGUAAAAACGUUGGUCAGUUGAUCAUUCGUGAAAGUAUGAUUUGUAUUAGCGAAUACUCGUAUCUUGGUUUAGAUCUGAUUUCGUAA